AUGUGCACAAUAGAGCAGGUGACAGUAUACACAGAUGUACAGGAUACAGAACUGUUAAAUCAUAUCACUACAGUUGUCCGUGAUUUUUGCAAGGAUGCCAAGAUUUACACAGUUCCUGAGAAGGAUGCUGCAGAUCCAUUGGCGUUUUUAAACAUCUGGGAAAAGGAAAGGGAUGAUGUUUGGUCGUUGGUGAAGAAUAAUGUUCCUCUUAUGCAUCGUUUUGAAUGCUUUGUUACGGAUUCAAAAGAUGAAAAGAGUGGUGCUGUGGCAUACGCAUUAUAUUAUCGAAAGAUGCCUGUCCUCUCCUUAGUUACCCCUGUAUCUAAUCCAUCGUCAACUAUAAUGAAUAAUGCCAAUAAUAAUAAUAAUAUUGUGGGCGACAAUGAGGAAGAUUGGAUUACAGCUGCAUUGUACUUUACACCAGCUAAAUUAGGAUGCGUUUCCCUCUUUGAUGCUGUUAAAAGAUUUUUCUCUUUUCCCGAAAAGGGAGGAAACGUUAUUGCCAUUGAAGGCGAGGAUGCGGCGCUUGUCUUGUCGCAGUGUCGACGACUGCGCGCUCACAUGCAGUCUGAGUCUAAAAUGCCGGUCUGUGUUGUGGACGCUAGUGGUUGUGAUAUACACGAUAUGUAUACAGAAACCACCGAAUAUGAAAAGGAAGAGGGUUUGUACGAUAAGUUGAUAGAAGACUUUUUGAAGAAUAGCAACAAUUGUGAAAUGCAGCAGAUACGUGAGGCAUAUCCGCAGUUUCACGGUGCGCUUUCUGUUUUAAACCGAUAUCAUAAUCUUCCUCUUUUACGGUAUAGACUACAAACAGGAGUUAGUGUUAUUUUAUAUCAACCAUUCUCAAUGGUUCUCAAGGAACUCGUAUGUGGAUGUAAGCAACAAGGAAUGAACGUAACAGAAACACAAAAAUUACUCUCAACUGUCAUGCCGUCACUUCUACACUUUGAGAGACAUUGGCUUGGAAUGCCAACGGCAGAGGUGGUUUUAAUUCGUGAGAAGAUGAUGAUAAAGAAUACAACUUCUUCUUUGGCGCAUUGGAGUUCAUUACUGUGGAGUGAAGAAGGGAUGCCGAUUGCGGAUGUCUUCUCCAAAUGGCAUCAAGUGGUGUUUAAGGAUAAAGAAGGUGAAAUGUCAGCUGUUGGCGGCGGUACUGCAGGGGAUGAAAUGAGGCAACAACAGGAGAAGGAGAUUCAGAAUAGUAUAAAUGCCAAACUGCAAUCUUUUAUCUCACUCUAA